CGCAAGGGAUUCUGGGAGCUGUGUCUGAGCAGCUCGGAGUCCAUUUUUACGUCGAAACAUAUCCGUACUUCCUCCGUUUACCGCGAAUCAAAGUGAAAAUUGUCGUGGAUUUUGAAGUGUCUCAGUGUGUUUUGUGUGCGCAGUGAUGUGUAUAGAUAUCCUGUGUUUGGGUGUUAGCCUCUCCUUUGACUCCGAGAAGUGCUUGUGUUGUAUUUCAAGAAAACAUUUGAAGAGAGCCAGGUGUUGACAAGGCUUAUUUUAUAUGGUUUACGCCUAGCCCACUUGAUUAAAAUAGAUUUCUGCACAGCUUUGAGAAGUGACGGGCCUUGAUGAAUGGAUUAUUUUUUUUAUAAUCCGACGUAGUGCCAGUGGAGUGAGAUAUAUCACGCCGUCUUUGUGGAUUGCUUCGUCUUCAAGUGUAAUGUCAAGUAAAGGAUUAAACUGUCUGUAUUAUGCAGCGGGCAACGAAGUAUCAAGAGGGGAGCAGGACUAGGCUGAGGUGCAUUCACCAUAUGCACCGCUGUAGUGAUGGUGUUGGGUGCCGCCCUCAAGCACCUGCCGAACCAUGGCAGGCAAGCCUGAGCGUGUGCCACCCGGGCAGCCAUCUCCUGCACCACCCUCUUCACAAAAUCAAACUCCUCUUCAAAAUGUGAUAGUGUAUGUUUCGGAAAACUUUCCACAAACAUACAUGACCCAGCAAAAUGUGGAGUGUGGAGAAGCUUAUUCAAACAAUAUCAAUGGAGCGGGAUAUAUCAAUGGCGACCAAUCUUCGCCCUCCAUGAACAAUAGCAGUCAAGUUAUGAAGCAUGGCAAAACACAAGAAUAUCUUUCAAAUGGCUUCCUUCCAGUUCAAAAUAAUGGAGCGUACUUUCAGACCAAUACAAAUGGUGAAGGAACAGUGGUUCAGAACAAUAAUUUUAAUUCAUGUCAGAUGGCUUCAAACAUGAUGAACAGUUUUUCCUACACCAAUGAUGGUGGUACUGUUGUGAACCAUGGGUUUGAAGGUAUCAAGUGUGCACCUGAAAUUUCAAACCACCAGAUUGCUAUGCAACAACAGAGUUCUGCAUGUGCAUCAAAUGGAACGUCAUCUCAUAUGGUCAUGGAUAAUAGAGAAUCAAUGGGUGUUUAUACCAUUGCUCAGUCUUCUCAAAAUGUACCCGUCUCUGGAAUGCAGACAUUUGUCUCCAACCAAAUGGACCUCAAACAGGGACUGGAUAAUGGAAGUCUUGACAACUAUAUGACUAUCAUUGGAGACUCCAACUCUAAUAACUUGAACGUCCAGCGGUGUGACUCUGUCAGAUCAGAUGCAGCGGAGUCUAGUUGUAGUAGUUUGAGUUCUGCAGAUUGCCAGCAGGAGUCAUCAAAUAAUUCUGGUGCUGUCCUUGCCCAUCAAAACCAAGUGCAAGGCCAAGUGGACCUCAAUCAACAACAUGUAUUUCAAUCAGGUCACAACAUGCAAAGGUUUAUGCACCAGAAUGCACCACAAACCCCUCCAAUGUUUUCUGGCAGUAAUCAGCAAGUCUUGGUCAACUCGAAUAUGGGCCAGCAUGUUGUUCAAACUGGAGUAAACCAGCCAUAUAUUCCACCCGGGGAGCACCAUAUACAAAUUGUUCAAGGAAAUCUGCCUGCUGACGGAAGCCACCCUCAGUUCCUUCAGUCGGGUGGCAGCAACAGGGCCGUUGUUGGAAACAACUCUGUUAACUGCUCGACCCCGCAAAUGACUCAGGGAACCCAUCCACAACUUGUUGCCACUUCAGGAUCGAACCAGCUCCAGCUCUUCCCUCAAAACGUGAAUCAAAUUCAAGUUGUGACGAGUCAAGUGUCUGGAAUGCAAGUCUCCGGAGGAAAACAGCAAGCUCAGCAGCCACACCAGCAGCAGCCCCAGCAGCCACACCACCAGCAGCAGCGGCAGCACUUGCCGCUGGGACCGCCCCUGAGCCAGCAGCCCCCAGCCUCUGCGGCGGCUGCC